AACAAGACUGCUGCCAUUCAAGCACAAAUCGAUGAUACCGUUGGGAUUAUGCGCGAGAACAUCAAUAAAGUCGCUGAACGGGGUGAACACCUCGAUACCUUGCAAGAUAAGACGGAUAACCUUGCUGUGAGUGCGCAGGGAUUCAGGCGCGGUGCGAACCGUGUUAGGAAGCAGAUGUGGUGGAAGGACUUUAGGGCGAGGAUGUGCCUGAUUGGCGGUGUGGUCAUCUUGCUCAUUGUCAUCAUUGUGCCAUCGGUU